AUGCCUGACGAAGUCGAGCAAUAUGUGGCUCUGGGAGCGAUCAGACUCUAUCAGCACGACGAGGAUGCAGAUACUGGACACUGGAUAAUGAUCGGCCCGAGACGCGAACACCUCUACCCUGUUCCCAAUUCUCCUCUUGACCUGGGAGAAAGACGACAGUGGCUGAAGACUGAGAUUGUCCCCCAUGCCGAUGACCCCCGUCGUGCCUGUCUCAGGAUUUAUGCUCUUCCGGAGGAUGUUGAUCGCAGUAAUCGCGGCUCUAUCAAAGAUCUUAGAAAGGUCUUGAAGUUCGUGAUCGAGUUCACUGACACCUCAGCUCAGACCUGGACAGGCAGUUACAAGCCAAACGUACCAAUCCAGACAUAUCAUCGGCCGCAUUCCUCAGAAGAAGAGUCUCUGUUCUACAUAUUCAACACACUAUCAUCCCCGAAAACCUCUUAUGAUGACGCUGGGAGUUGCCCUUACAGCCAACAGUCCAUGGCGUCUGUGUUGAGCGACACAAUCGACGGACUCAAGACGCCCUUGUACCCUUAUCAGAAACGCUCGGUGGCUGCUAUGCUACAGAAGGAGGCGAAUCCAGCCAAAUUGAUGGACCCGAGAAAAGUGAAAUUCUCAGAUUGUCACGGCAGAGGAUUUUACCUUGAUGUGCUCGAAGGCAUGCUCCUCGUCCACCCACAGUACUACAGCGAGCCUCGUGGUGGCAUUUUGGCAGAGACCAUGGGCUACGGAAAGACUUUGAUAUGCAUCGCCCUUAUUCUUGCGACGAGAGGUCAUUACCCGCAACUUCCGGAUGGCAGGCUUGACACUUUGUCGGAAGAUGCGAACCCACGAACUCCUAGCUUGCUGGACUUGGCCGCUAAGAAAUUGAAGCAGGGAGGUGUGCCCUGGAAGGCUCAUUUUGCUGCUCUUGCCAAAGAAGGAUACCAGUACGAUCAAUGUAUCCAGACCAUUGACAAAUAUGAGGCCAAAUUCGCGGAACCGAUAUUCCACCCGAUAACCCCGAGUCGAAUACUCAAGAAACGUGAAGAUUUCAGAGUCUUACGUCUAUGUUAUGCCACUCUGUUGAUCGUACCGCCUAAUCUCUUGAUACAAUGGCAGAAUGAGAUUGGAAAGCAUACAGAUGAGAACUCUCUAGAUGUCCUUGUGCUUGAUUCGUCAACAAAAGAGAUACCCUCAUAUACGACCCUUAUGAAGUACGAUGUCGUACUGAUCACGAAGGCGCGCUUUGAUCAAGAAUAUCGCGAUGACGACUUAAAUCAAGGAAGACUUAUGCACGGGAAGGAGAAGUUUCGUUCACCAUUAACUGAAGUACGCUGGCUUCGGGUGAUCUGUGAUGAGGGUCAUGGUUUUGCCGGGUCGAGCUAUCGGACUCAUGCUAUGGCUAUGUUAGACAAAAUGUCAAUUGAGAGACGCUGGGUGGUCUCCGGCACGCCUUCACAGUCGCUUCAUGGCGUGGAGAUCAAUCUUACGCUGAACAACAGUGGCCUCAGUCAUGAGUCGUCUCGAAGCGUCUCGAUUCAGGAGGCGUUGGAGCGCAGGAAGAUGAAAGACCCAGCUGCAGAAGAGAUCAAAGACAUGGAGCGAUUGCGUGUCAUGGUGGUCAAAUUCCUCAAGCUUCAACCCUGGGCUAAUCAAAAGGGUGCUGACUACGCGGAUUGGAAGAAAUAUCUCGCACCAUUCGAUGGGGAGGGCAAGCGACGUUUUGCACCAGCACUGAGAGGCGUUCUCCAGUCUCUUAUCGUGCGGCAUCGCAUCGAGGAUAUCGAUGCGGACCUUUGCCUGCCUCCAUUACACAAUACUACCGUCUACCUGGAGCCAUCUUACUAUGACAAGCUCAGCAUGAACAUGUUUCGGAUGCAGCUGAGCUCCAACGCCGUCACCUCCGAGCGAGUGGAUGAAGACUACAUGUUCCAUCCGAAGAACAGAAAACAUCUGGACGACUUGGUCACCAAUCUUCGACACUCAAGCUUCCACUGGGUUGGCUUUACAGAGCACGAGGUGGCUGAGACCAUCCGUGUGAGCAACACAUAUCUGGACAAGAACAUCGACACAAUCACAGACAGCGAUGGUCGCUUGCUCACCGAAGCCAUCUUGAAUGGUGAGCGUGCCUUGGGCGACCCCACGUGGCGUGCAUUCUCGUUCUUUCACGAAAUUGGAGUCUACGUUGAAGGCUUUCCCGAGCACGCGCGACAAGCGUGGGCGUUGCACGGCGAAGAUACCAACCCGCUAUUGCUCGGCACAGUUCAAGCUCGAGAGGCGCAGCAGUACGUCUUGAAGAGGCUCGAAUCCGAGUCGCCGACUGACGGCCUGACUGGUGCCGGACUGCGAGCAAUGCACGCUGCCAGAGAACGAGCCAUAGAAGAGCAGCAAGAAAGAAGCAAGAAGUCGAACAGCAGCAACUCCUCAAAAUCACCCACUGCCGGUACAAGUGAGGAGCCCAAGGUGAGGAAUCAGUCGACAUUAUCGUCGUCGUCAUCAUUGUCAUCCUCCUUGAUGUCUGUUUCUUCUUCUUCCACCCCAAACUCGACUGACAAAGGGAAACCACUACCUCACCUCUCUCCUCCGGUCCAGAAAAGACCUAGAUCAUCGUCAGAUGGCGAAUUGCCGUCGUCAUUACCUGAGACGAGAAUACUUGGUUUCACGUCUGCCAAACUGAACUAUCUCUGCUCAAGGAUCCUCGAACUGCAGCGGGACGAGAAGAUCAUUAUAUUCUACGACUCCAACAACAUAGCGUUCUGGAUCGCCGAGGCGCUGGAGCUCUUGUCGGUCCAUUUCUUGAUCUACGCCAAUACGCUCUCCGUCACCCGAAGAGCAGCCUACCUCGCGACGUUCAACCAGUCCGACGCCUUUCGCGUCUUGCUGAUGGACCUCAAACAAGCGUCGCACGGCCUUCACGUAGCGUCCGCGAGCCGGGUGUUCAUAGUAUCCCCGAUCUGGCAGCCAAACAUUGAAUCUCAGGCCAUCAAGCGCGCCCACCGAAUCGGCCAAACGAAACCUGUGUACGUCGAGACACUCGUGCUGAAGGACACGCUGGAGGAGAAGAUCCUCCAACGUCGCAGACAGAUGAGCAAUGCUGAGCUCGUCAAGGCCGAGAAGAGUCUGCUCGACGACGGAACCAUGAACGGCAUCAUCAGCGCCGAGGGCUUUCUCGCCUUCGCCCAAGGGGAGAAGGAGCGAUUGAUCGGUGGCAAGCUCGACUCGCCUGUGCCUCUCUUCGAGAGGAGAGACAACCUCGCAACAGGUAACAAUACCGGUGGGGGUGGUGGUGUUGGUGGAGGUGACGGGCACGACGGGCUCAUUCUCGGCUUGGAGGACGAGCACGUUGCCACCAAAAGGGCCAAGAAGAGAGGCAAAGGAAAGGAGAAGCAGACAAUGACUGUUGCGUUUGGCGACGGCGGCGGCAUGGGCACCGUCGCGACCUCCUCCCGCGAUUCUCCGUUCGAUAAUGUUUCAGUAGAGGUUCCAGGAUUCGUGGUCGGCGGUGGUCCGAGUCAUUCUGGUUCUACCCAAACAAAGACGAAGGCGAAGAAGAGCGUGAGGAUAGUCGUGGAUGGCCCGUCAAGUGGUGUUUGA